AUGGCAGACGGCACCGCAGCUCCAGUCAUCGGCACCCACAACGGCCACUUCCACGCUGACGAAGCCCUCGCUGUCUACCUCCUCCGCCUGCUGCCCGAAUACCAGAACGCGUCGCUCGUCCGCAGCAGAGACCCAGAAGUCUUGAAGGAGUGCAACAUUGUCGUAGACGUCGGUGGUGUCCAUGAUGACAGCAUUCGCCGCUACGACCACCACCAGCGUGAGUUCAAUGCCACUUUCCCAGGCAAGCACACAAAGCUCUCGUCUGCUGGACUGGUUUGGAUGCACUAUGGCAAGAAGAUCGUCUCUGCCGUUACUGGGCUAGAUGUGGAAAGUGCAGACAAUGAGCUGCUAUACCAGAAGCUGUACGAGGAUUUUGUUGAGGCAUUCGAUGGCAACGACAAUGGCAUCUCCGUCUAUGAUCCGCAAGAGCUGCGCAAGGUGGGCAUUGAGAAGAAGUUCUCGGACAAGGGCUUUAGCCUCGCUGGCGUGGUGGGCCGAUACAACAACGCACCUAUCACGCCUCUUGCAGAUGGUGUCACGAAUGGAGCUGCACCUGCGGCUGGCAAGAAAGAGAAGACCCAAGAUGAGGAGGAUGCUCGUUUCCUACGUGCAUCUGCGUUCGUCGGAGAGCAGUUCUCACUUGAGAUUUCAGAUAAGUUCACCUCAUGGCUCCCCGCCCGAGCCAUCGUUACGCAAGCCUUCAACUCGCGAGACGCACUGGACAAGACUGGACGUAUCAUCGUCAUCCCGCAUCGGCCAGAGGGCGUGCCUUGGAGCGACCACUUGUACGCAUUGGAGGAGGAGAACGGCUGCCAAGGUCAGAUCCUCUACGCGCUCUUCGCGGAGAACGGCGAGGUCGGCAGCAAGUGGCGGAUCAGAGCAGUGUCUCUCGAGCCUGGCAGCUUCGAGAACCGCAAGGGUCUGCCAGAAGCUUGGCGAGGUGUGCGAGACGAUGAGCUGAGCCAGCUGACUGGCAUCCCGGGUUGCAUCUUUGUUCACGCAGGCGGAUUCAUUGGCGGCAAUAAGACGUUCGAGGGAGCUUUGGAGAUGGCAAUCAAGGCCGUUGACGCAUAG